AUGACCCAAUUUAGCUUCCUGCUGUUUCUCAUUGUGGCCACCAGAAGGUGCAGUGCAGCUGGGGCCAAUAUGGAUUUAGAGAAAGAGACCAAGUUUUUGUCUCCAUCUCUGCCCAGAAGCUGCAAGGAAGUCAAACAGAAGUACCAGAGUGCAUGUGAUGGCCUGUAUUUCCUCCGCACCAACAAUGGUGCCAUCUACCAGACCUUCUGUGACAUGACCUCUGGGGGUGGUGGCUGGACUCUGGUGGCCAGUGUGCACGAGAACAACAUGUAUGGGAAGUGCACAGUGGGUGAUCGCUGGUCCAGUCAGCAGGGCAACAGAGCAGAUUACCCAGAGGGGGAUGGCAACUGGGCCAACUACAACACCUUUGGGUCUGCAGAGGCCGCCACAAGUGAUGACUAUAAGAACCCUGGCUACUUUGACAUCCAAGCCCAGGACCUGAGCAUCUGGCAUGUCCCCAACAAGAGUCCCAUGCAGAACUGGAGGAACAGCUCCCUGCUGAGGUACCGCACCUUCAAUGGCUUCUUGGAGCAUGUAGGACAUAAUCUGUUUGGCCUCUACCAGAAAUAUCCAGUGAAAUAUGGAGAAGGAAAGUGUUGGACUGACAAUGGCCCUGCAAUACCUGUGGUUUAUGAUUUUGGGGAUGCCCAGAAAACAGCAUCUUAUUACUCACCCAAUGGCCAGAAGGAAUUCACUGCAGGAUUUGUCCAGUUCAGAGUAUUUAAUAACGAGAGAGCAGCCAAUGCCUUAUGUGCUGGAGUAAGAGUCACUGGAUGUAACACUGAGACGAACUGCAUUGGUGGAGGAGGAUACUUCCCAGAGGGCAAUCCUAAGCAGUGUGGAGACUUCUCUUCUUUUGACUGGGAUGGCUAUGGAACUCAUACUGGCUGGAGCAGUAGCCGGGAGUUAAUCGAGGCAGCUGUACUUCUGUUCUAUCGCUGA